CGUUUUCCUCUGCCAUUUUGCAUUGCUUUCGAUGUGUAUAGGUAAUGCUGGCUCAAAAACAAAUAGUUAAUGAGCAUCACUAUUUGAAUAUUGAUCUCUUAUUUACUGCUGGCAUUUUUAUUGGGUAGCUUUCCUAUCUCAAAACUGCCUGGAUGAAGGCAAGCUCUCCGGAUUUGUUUGUCUUCCAGCUCUAGUGACUGUGUGUGAAAGCACCAGUGUUUCUACUCUAGAGAGUAAAUCAUUCAUUUAUGGGAUAUGUAUUACUAGCAAUAUGUUUCCACGACUGAACCUUUCAAUAUGAAUGAAACUUUUGUGAAAGAGUUCCUAGCAAAAGCCAAAGAAGAUUUUUUAAGAAAAUGGGAAAGCCCCCCUCAGAAUACUGCUGGUUUAGAUGACUUCGAGAGGCUAAAAACACUUGGAACUGGGUCAUUUGGCAGAGUCAUGCUGGUGAAGCAUAAAUCUACAGAACAGUAUUAUGCCAUGAAGAUACUGGAUAAACAAAAAGUGGUUAAACUGAAGCAAAUAGAACACACACUGAAUGAAAAAAGAAUAUUACAAGCAGUGAACUUCCCUUUUCUUGUAAGACUGGAGUAUUCUUUUAAGGACAAUUCUAAUUUAUACAUGGUUAUGGAAUAUGUUCCUGGGGGUGAAAUGUUCUCACAUUUAAGAAGAAUUGGGAGGUUCAGUGAACCACAUGCAAGAUUUUAUGCAGCUCAGAUAGUGCUAACUUUUGAGUACCUCCACUCACUAGACCUCAUUUACAGAGAUCUAAAACCUGAAAACCUUUUAAUUGACCAACAAGGAUAUAUCCAGGUUACAGACUUCGGGUUCGCAAAAAGAGUAAAAGGGAGAACCUGGACGUUAUGUGGGACUCCAGAAUACUUGGCACCUGAAAUAAUUCUCAGCAAGGGCUACAACAAGGCAGUAGAUUGGUGGGCCUUAGGAGUGUUAAUUUAUGAAAUGGCAGCUGGAUAUCCACCAUUCUUUGCAGAUCAGCCAAUCCAGAUAUAUGAAAAAAUUGUUUCUGGAAAGGUACGGUUCCCAUCACAUUUCAGUUCAGAUCUUAAGGAUUUACUAAGAAAUUUACUCCAAGUAGAUUUGACCAAACGAUAUGGAAAUCUCAAGAACGGGGUAAAUGAUAUUAAAAAUCACAAAUGGUUUGCCACUACAGAUUGGAUUGCCAUUUAUCAGAGAAAGGUAGAAGCUCCCUUCAUACCAAAAUGUAGAGGCCCUGGAGACACCAGCAACUUUGAUGACUAUGAGGAAGAAGAUAUCCGUGUAUCUCUAACAGAGAAAUGUGCAAAAGAAUUUGCUGAUUUUUAGUACUUGCUGGAGGAUAAGAGGACAUCAGGGCUCACAUUUGGGAUCUUUGCACUCUGUUAACUCAUGAGAUGGAGCUGAGACCAUCAUAUGUCAAAACAAUUACCUAGUUACUUCAUUCCACAAAGCUGACUGAGGUCUUUAUUGCCAUCUUCCAUGUGUGCAGUUUGCACCAACCCUUAUAAACUAGGCACAAUUAAGCAAGCACGGUUUGUGCUGUAACACAGAAUAUAGACCACUUUUCCUAAUUAUCUUGUCAGUUUCUGUCCUUUCCUUUAUUUUCUGUAUAUUGUUGAUUUCCCCUCUCUUGUCUCCCCCCCCCCUUUUUAAAAUGAAGCAGCCUUUUACCUAAGAAUGCUCCAUUUUAUUUUGAAUAAUGUAUUUGUGUGAAUGAAACUGAAGGUGUUUUGGCUAGUAUGACUUUAGACUGAAGUGAAAGAUAAGUGUUGCUUCUAGUCUGUGCCAGCCAAUCCUCCCAUGUCUGUCUUUACGUCUGAGGCUACAGUUCAUAGGUUUGUAUUAUUACUAUUUUUUGUAGCUCAGACUAAACCUAGCCAACAACAUUAGCAUUUUUUGAAGGUAGUAUUUAUCGCCAUAUGAGUGUGUGCUAAUUGAUUUAAACACAUCUUCCUGGAGACUGACCAAACUUAGGUAGUAUCAGAAUUGGACAGUUGUGUAGGGUACAGUAGCUAGACCCCGUGCCUUGUUUUUUUCUACAUGCUGGCAGUUCUUUUCCCUGCCUCGUAAUUCUUUUUCUUUCCUGGGCAGUAGGUAAAUAUGCCAUAAGCAUACUGUGCCACAAGAAGCACAGUUUCAGUAAAGCAGGAAUAAUUCCAUCCAUCCUGGGCUUUGGACCAUGUUUAAUCAUGCUUAAUUACCUGCAUUUAAGUAAGUAGCUAUUUAAAUGGGUUUUAAAACAACUUAAAGCCUGAAACACUUUAGAAAAAGAUUUGGUCAGUAUUGUCAGAGACUAGGACUGAUUUUUAAUAAUGUUGGGGCUCCUGAAGUAUUUCACAUUUCAACCCUUUUUUAUUAAAGGGGAGGAAAGGUUGGUUUUUUUUUUAAUCUCUUUAGCUAUAAGAAUAAAUGGUUUCGCAAAUUGAAAAUUUAGUAUUAAAAUAUUGAUGCAUUGCUAGACAAACCUGGUAUUUCUGUUAGCUGUGAAGAAUAAAAGAAGUAAAUGCCAAGUUUUUAUCCUGGUAUACUAUAUUAGUAAAUCAAGGAUGGGGUGCUGCUCCAAUCAUGCUUAUCAGCAGCGCUUCAUUCGCAUGGAAAAGAGACAAAGUUUAAAACUGCCACCAUCUGUAAAGUGGUGUCUUCAUUUCUAAUCUACUUUACAUUAGUGAAAUGGAAUGUACGGUCACACACAGAAUUGUUUGGGUUGCAUUAAGUUUCAUAUAAUCUCACCAACUGACUUAAAAGGGUAUUGCUGCCAUGUGCUUGCUUCCAGCACUUUUACACAGACUUAUUUCAGUGUUUGUUAACAAUCAGUGGCUUAGCACACCUUCUUGUGCUUUUAAAUUUAUUCAUACAACUUUUUAGUUGGACACUCCAUUUCUGAUUUAUCUCAAGAUGGCUUGUCUUAAGAUGGCACAUCAGUGUGUUUAAAAUAAAGUUGGUUCAUGUUUGAUUAUCAAUUUACAUGCAUACAAGGAUGAAAUGUUUUUAUUAACUAACUGAGAUUGCUGUGUAGACAUGGUGUUCUGUAGAAUGCCAGUGCAGAUGAGACCAUUGGUAUUACUUCUUUUUAGUCUCUAUUACACUCCUUUAACAAAACAAACAAAACCUCCAUAGACAUUUUGCAGUCUGGAAUAAGAUGUACCAUAUAACAUUCGGUAUGUCUUUUUAAGUUGUCAUGUUGUUUUUGCACAUCAUCCUUAGGAGUCUGUUUUGCCAUCUUUCUCCACCCUUGUCAAUGUAUGUGCAAGACAAACAUACAAUACUUUUGCAGUAGCAAAUUUUAUGUAAUAAAUAUAUUGUCACAUUAAUAAAUUUAAAGAAAUUAUUUGUAUGGAAAAAGUUAGUCUUUUGUAUUUCAUCUAGAUUGAAGACAUGCUGUUGUAUGCUAGCGGUAAAUGAUAAAUUUUACAGUAAUUUUAUUGUUUAUGGACUUCCAACAAUUUUAAUAAAUGCCACUCUUUUUAAUUCUGGUAUGAAUUUUAGCCAAUACUUAGACUGGACAACACACAGGACAGGUGUCUUCUAUAUAUCCUGGAUGACUAUGUAAAAUUGCAAAGGAUGGAUUCCAGCAUGUCUGAGAUCUAAAAUCUUAUUGUUUUGGUUUUUUUU